AUGAUAGCCUGGGGAGGACCAAUGCUAAGAUCUAGAGAAAGAAUUCUUUGGCAAGUGCGACUUUGGGACAAUGAUGGUAAGACGUCGGGAUGGAGCGAGAUUGCAUCGUUUGAAAUGGGACUUCUGGAUGUACACGACUGGGAUCCGGCAGUUUGGAUUGAAAACAAGGAUUAUGCAACUGGCAACACAUCUCUUCCUUACUUUGUUAAGCGCUUCAGAAUCUCAAGCGCAGUAUCAAGUGCACGACUAUGGAUUAUAGGAUUGGGUCAGUUUGUCGCAACAGUGAAUGGUCAAGCAGUGACAAACAGUGUUCUUAACCCUGGUUAUUUCGAUUGGAAUAAGACCAUUGAAUAUUCAACUUAUAAUGUUACAGCCACUCUGAAAGAUGGUGACAAUGUUCUGGGCGUAGCUCUAGGAAAAGGAAUUUAUAGAGCUGAAAAACCACUUGGUGGACGCUACUAUAAGUUUCUUACAACACCACAUCCAAUGAAGUUGAUUGCACAACUACAGUUGAACUAUACCAAUGGAAGUUAUCAAUAUAUUGUGUCGGAUUCUAGCUGGCUAACUACUGUUACAGGUCCUUUGCUUGAAUCUAGCUGGUACGGUGGUGAGGAAUAUGAUGCAAGAAAAGAACUCCUUGGCUGGGAUACACCAACGUACAAUCAUUCGACAUGGAAGAUGGCAGAUAUUUCGAGCAUACCAAAUCCUAAUGCUAUCUAUCGAGCUCGUGAAUCUCCUGCCAUCCAAUCAGUUGAAGAAAUUAUCGCAAUCUCUGUCACAGAUCAAGGUAAUGGUACAUAUAUUUUCGAUUUUGGAGUCAAUCAUGCAGGUUGGCCAAAGAUAAGUAUGAGAGGUGCACGUGGAACAACUGUUACUAUGAGACCAGCUGAGUUGCUCAACUCGAAUGGAACUAUCAAUCAAGUGACCGAGGGAACUCCAAUUUAUGAUCGGUAUACUUUUUCUGGUAAAGGCAUCGAGACCUAUGUUCCAACCUUUAGAUAUCAUGGUUUUCGAUAUUUACAAGUUGAAAACUUAACCUAUGUACCACAAGUCAACGAUUUCAAAAGCUAUACAUUGCGUAUUAACAACGAUGUGACCGGUACGUUCAACAGUUCUAUUGAAAUUUUGAAUAGUAUUCACCGAAUUGUCAACCGAGCCGUACAAAGUAAUAUGUUCUCUGUAUUCACUGACUGUCCGCAUCGGGAAAAACUUGGUUGGCUUGAAGAAACUCAUCUCGUCUUUCCCGCAAUUGAGCGUUUUUUCGAUGUCCAAGCCCAUGGUCGCUCAGUCGUUCGCCGCAUAGCUGAAGCACAGCUGAGCAAUGGAAUGGUUCCCACAACUGCACCUGAAUAUCCAAUUUUUAGCGGUGCCUUCCGAGAUGAGCCUAAUUGGGGAAACAGCAUUAUUCUCCUACCAUUGUAUCUUUACCAAUCUUAUGGAGAGAGAGCUUUACUAGAAGAAUUUUAUUCAAAUAUGGUGUCAUGGGUUGAUUAUUUAACGUCCAAAGCGGAAAAUAAUAUUGUAUCAUACGGCCUUGGUGACUGGUAUGCCAUCGAUCAGUCAACACCUGUUGGUGUCACCGGAACAUAUGGAUAUUGGCUGUCCGCUAAUGGACUUGCAAAGAUUGCUAAUGCUUUGAAUAAAACUGACGAUGCUCAGAAAUAUUCAGAUUUAGCAUCACAGAUCUCGUCUGCUUUUCAUAGGACCUAUUUCAAUGGGACUGCUCAUACCUACGCCACAGGAAGUCAAGCCGCUGAUGUAUUUGCAUUAGAAAUGGGUGCAGUCCCUAUCACAGAACAACAAAAUGUUAUUCAACAUCUGAUAAAUGACAUUCGUCAGCGUAGGAACCAUACUUCUGCUGGAGAAGUUUCUCUGCCAUCCUGGUUUCGAAUGCUAAGCUUCUAUGGCCAUGAUGAUGUAAUCUAUGACUUCCUCUCACGUACAGACAGCCCGAGCUAUGGUUAUGCAAUUAUUCACGGUGCAACAUCUCUUACUGAAGAUUGGGAUGGUCCUGCUCCAGCUAGAGGCCAGUCAUUGAGCAGUCAAAAUCAUUUUAUGUUUGGUGCAGUAGACGAAUGGUUGAUGCGUUCUCUUGCCGGCAUACAACAAGCUGCUAACUCUAUAGACUAUCGGGUCUUAAAUAUUAAGCCUGCCAUUGUUGGAAAUAUUAGUCACGUCGAAGUAACUUAUAGAACCACCAGAGGAUGGAUUGAGACUCAAUGGAAUCGAGUUGGAGCAGCUUUCACAUUGAAAGCUAUACUUCCAUAUGGAUCGAUUGCAAAUGUUUAUGUACCGGGAACGAACGCGACAUCAGAUUAUGGUACGCUGAUUCAAAUUAGAACGAGAGAAGCAGUGACAGUAUUCAAAAUCGGAAGCGGGAGUUAUACAUUUAAAUCGAUUAUUGGUGUAAAUACAAAACGAAACUAA